AUGGCGUCCGGCGACCCCGCAAAGACGCCGGCGAGGCGGUUGGCGGAGCUCGCGCACGGCGGCGACCUUGGAGGUUCCGGUGGACGAGCAGCUUCUCCCACGGCCGGUGAAUGGGCGAUGAGGGACAGCCGCAUGGCGCGGGGCAGGGAGUCGUCGUCCUGUAUGCCGGGCGGCAGCCCAGCCGCUAGGGUUUCACAGCAGGGCGAGGAGGCAAAAUGUCGGGGAGGCGACCAGCAGCACGUCCUCCGCGCGUCCCCGUCUUCCUGCGCCGGCCGCCGUCGUGGAGAGCCGCGCGCCACCCCGUCGUAUCCCCAAUCUCACUUAUCUCUCGCCCCACCCACCUUGAACCCAAUCCAAUCCCGCCGACUGCCCCUCCGCCGCCGCCGGCAUUCCUCCCAGCCGCAGGACCCUCCUUCCCCGCGCCUCCAUUCGUGCAUCGACGAAGCAAUAGGCGACUCACCUUCUGCAACGCGUGGAAGGCGACGACGCUCCGACGGAACGGCUUCGGCGCUGCGCCGGACCUGGACGUCCCCUCUUCCCUCCACUCCCAGUUCCAAGGCCGCCGCUCUCCCGCUUAGGAUCUACGCCGCCGGCACAUCCUUGCAGAUGCGAGGGCGCCUCAGCCCAGAAGCUAUUCCGGCGCGGCAUGCUUGCUUCCUCGCCGGCGCUCGGCGCCCCGUCGAGUUCGCAUGCCCGCGUCGCUUGCGGGGCCGAGGCAUCGCGGUGCAGAUGCCUGCACGCUGGCGACACCCUGCCGGCCACCAGGGCGCCACGGCGCCGACGCGAGCAACGGAGGUCGGGUGGGGCUGCUCGUCCCGAGCCGCCAUCAAGGAUUCUAGUCCCAAAGUCUGAGAAGGCAGUUCUUUUGAUUCCAUGGAUGUUGAAGCUCUUACAAAGAUGAACAAGAACAAGAAGCUUGUCAAGAAGUAUCAUGCUUUCUUAGCCUCGGAGGCUAUUAUGAAGCAGAUUCCCUGUCUCCUCGGUCCUUGUCUCAACAAG